AGUGGUGUCGUUUGGCUCAUCGACUUCCUACCCGCCGGUCCUGACACGCAUUCAGCGGUCAGCUCGGCUGUUAUUUCUGUCCCCACCCUGCCAGCCCACGCCAGUUGAGCUGCUAGCACUGGUUUAUGAUCGGUCCUUUGUUAGUUAACGUUUCACAGAGGGUGUCGAGCUUGUUUUAUCGGGUGUCGCUGAUGAUGAAGCCGCAGGUUGUGUUCGUGCUGGGCGGGCCUGGCGCCGGCAAAGGGACCCAGUGCUCCAAAAUCGUAGAGGCCUACAACUAUACCCAUUUGUCUGCUGGGGACUUACUGAGGGAAGAGCGGGCGAGAGAGGGGUCAGAGUGCGGACAGCUCAUUGCCAACUACAUCAAAGAGGGUAAAAUUGUCCCUGUGGAGAUAACCAUCAACUUACUCAAGAAGGCAAUGGAAGACACCAUGCAGAAAGAUGAGAAAAAAUUCCGUUUCCUAAUAGACGGUUUCCCUCGCAACGAGGACAACCUUCAGGGGUGGAACACUGUCAUGGAUGGCAAAGCAGAUGUCAAAUUUGUGCUUUUCUUUGACUGUGGCAAUGAGGUUUGCAUCGACAGAUGUCUAGAAAGAGGGAAGAGCAGUGGACGCACAGAUGACAACAGAGAAAGUUUGGAGAAGAGAAUCCAAACCUACCUGCAGUCUACACGACCAAUUAUUGAACUGUACGAGAAACAAGGCAAGGUGCGCACUGUAGACGCCUCUCGUUCCGUGGACGAGGUGUUUGCUGAUGUGAAAGCCAUCCUUGACAGAGAGGGUUGAGUUGCUGUCAACAUCCAUUUAUGUUUUUAGUAGUUUUCUUUUAUCAAAUGCAAGUACACUAUGAUAAGUUUAUAUGUCAUAAGUUCAUAAGACUUUUUACUUUUGUUUACUUCUUUUUUUGUUUGUUUUCCAUCUUUUUUGUGAAUGAUGCACUGUGUUUGAGUGUGUGCGCACAAUAUGUGUCGGUAUGAAUGAGAAGUCCAGUUGCCUAGCGGCUAAUUGUGAUCAAGUGAUUUGUAUUCAGAAGAACUCACAGCUGCACCAUCUUUCAUCAUAGUUUGACGUCUUUGCAUUGGAACUCAACGGAUCAUUAGAUUAGAAGGAUACUUUGUCAGGCGCUUCUACUACUGAAAAUCUCUCCAAAAACGCUAUAUAUCACUAAUCUCUUCAGAGUACUAUGUCAUUGGAAGCAGCUACAAGCAGCAGCUUCAGACCAAAUCGUUGUUUAACCUGAUGACAGCCGCCUCCAUGGACCCAAUAGCCUCCAAAUAAAAUGCAUAAAACGUCUGUCUCGUGUUUAGUGGACAGCUUUACACAGGCAUGUAGAGUUGUAUGUUUCUGUGAUUAGAUGGCCCAUUCUUGAAUUUCACUUUGAUGUGCUUCAUCACAGCUAUGAAACUGGGGAGUAGUCAGUGAGAAAAUGAAUUAUUAAAAAUGAACAUUUUGUUAAAUCUGUACUGUAUCUGUUUGAAGGAGGGGGGGAUAAAAGUGAU